UCCAUUGAUCGCGCUUUCUGAACACCGCUAGCGUUCCACCUUGGUCACCUUGGGCCCAAGAUGGUCCAAGUCUUUCGGGCGCUCAAGUCGUGCCAUUUGCAGAGCAGAUCAAGACUGAACUGGAGGAGUUCAAGCCUUCCGUUGGUCAAAGGCCUCCGCAAAGAUGGAAUGGGACAACGACAUUGGAGUGGACGAGUCCAAGGAUGCUGGAUUUAGGGCUUGUGAACUUUGUCAACGAGGUCGCAGAGGUUGGUGACUGAGCUGGAAAGGAGUACGGCUUGGAGAAGACCCUAAACAAGAUGAAGGCAGACUGGAAGCCAUUGUCCUUCGACCUCUCGGAGAAGUACAGGGACCUUUCAAGGAAGACAUCGAUGAAUGAGCUGGAAUACGGGGUUCAUGCGCGAGUUUGAAACUUUGAAAGAGUGGCCGUUUAGUUGGGCGUUGGCCUGGCAAGACCCUCUGUGGCGCAGCAAGCCGAAGGCUUAUGCUACUCAUUUGGGGCACGAAGGUGCAGGAUCGAUGAUUGCUGUGCUGAAGAUCUUGGGUACCAAUUUCGGCGCCAAAUCGCACCUCCUCAGCUGGAGACUGGUUGGAGGCAGGAGAUGUUUGCGAGUCUUGGGGAGGUCUCCCGCGAAAAGAUCUGCCGAGGUGAUGAUCGUGGGCAACCAGACAUCUGAAGAUGCGCGGCAAUUGGCACGAGAACUGGAGGCUCAGAGGCAGUCCAAAGGUGGUACGGGCGGACUGUUUCACAUGCUGAUGGCUUGCGCCAAGAGUGCCAGCGCCAUCUUGGAAUUCCAUGGGCCGAUCUCUUCUGCGGCCCGCAAUUUUGCAUCAAUCUUCAAAUAUGUUCAAUAUAUACCGCCGGACUGA